AUGGCCAGAGGCAGCGCCCUGCUGCUCGCCGCGCUCCUGCUCGCCGCCGCGCUGCCGGCCACGCUGGGGCUCGGGCCGCCGGCAAAGGAGAAGAGAGGCUGGACCCUGAACAGCGCCGGCUACCUCCUGGGCCCGCAUGCCAUCGACACUCACAGAUCCCUUAGUGACAAGCACGGCCUGGCUGGGAAGCGGGAGCUCCAGCCCGAGGAGGAAGCAAAGCCAGGAAGCCUUGACAGGUCGCUGCCUGAGAGCAAUAUAGUGCGCACUCUAAUUGAGUUUCUGACUUUCUUGCAUCUCAAAGAGGCCGGAGCCCUCCACAGCCUGGCCGGCCUCCCUCCGGAGGUCUCCUCAGAAGACACAGAGCAGUCCUGA